ACAUAAGCUUCGCCUUCAAGUCCCAUCUUUUGUUUACUAUGCUGAGCCUGCCUCCUCCACACACAACGCGGAGUAUAUUCCGACCGGUUCGUCGGGAGGCAAACGGUGUUCGACUGCCAACUCUGAAAAUCCCUAGAUCUUUGACACGAGCCAAUAAUUAGCAGCACGCGCCUCAUCAUCAAUUUUUCCUGGAUCAUUAAUAUCAAUCAUCAUAUUUUUAUUCUUCAACAUCCAAUCAUGCAUUCACUCUAUAGUGGCGCCGUUUCUGAUAAACAUAACGAACGUGUGUCAGGGCUCAUCCUAGUCUCAGUUUGCUUGAAACUCCCGAGAGUGUUGGUUCAACGUGUACAAUAUCAAAAGUGAAAUUAUUAUUUUUCUACAAAUAUUUUAUUUUUGAGAAGAACAUCGACGCAGGAGAUGAGGAACAUUCGUAUUCAUAAUUUUUUACCACAUCGCUGAAUGAUCCUAAAUAAAUCGCAAGAUUUUUGGAUUCACGCGCGCGAAAAAGAAAUAAGGAGGAAAAAAGCUCUCAAAAAAUGACUUCCGUUCUUCCCGAUCAACAUCAGAGAAAUGUCGUUCGAAUAAUGAAGCAGAAAUCACAAAAUCAAAAGACAUCAAAUCAUUCAGGAAGAGAGGAAACUCGAUCAUUUCUAAAAUUUUCACGUGAAAAUUUAAGUCUAUCAAAUUCGGAUCUUGAGCAGGGUUUUAAUAAAACAAAAUUCCGCAUUGACAAACAUACAAUAAUCAGUGUGACGGCUUUGAUUUUGGCAUUGUCCUGCGUUGCCGUUGAAAUUUGCCGAUUAAAAUGGAUUGUGGACAAUUCGAGGGAAAUGGAAAUUCUCAAACGUGAUGUUGACACUUUGAAGCAUAGACUUUUGGAGGAGGAUCUUCUUGAUGAAUUGAAAGCAUUCGAAGAAAAGCUUUACUCAGAGGGCAGUGAUGACGAUGAUCUCGAUAUGGAAAAUAUCGAUUAUGAUUAUAAUUACGAUGACGAGUCUCACGAUUACACUGAUUAUCAAGCUCUGGGACUUGCCACUCAAGCGACAAAUCUUUCUCAAGGAGCUAAAGCGUCAAAUAUUUCCGAUCACGAUCUCGAUGAAAUUUUAGUGGCUCUUCGUCGAAUGGAAGUGAAACGAAGUCGUGAUCUCGAAAGAUGUUUACGGGAGAAGAUCAAAAGUGUCGAACGUGAUAAAGUGUCAAAAGAGAGGAAAGAGGAAAAACAAAUCGAAAACGAGGAGAGCGAAAAUGAAAAAGUAGACAACGAUAAGAAGAAAGGCUUGAAAGAAAAUGCAGAAGUAGAAGAAGAAGAAGAACCGGAAAAUAUUCAAACUUUCACAAAAGUCACGAAAUUAAAUAUAACCGAUAUGAAAAUCUCAGCGGAAAUGAAACAAAAGAGAUCGAUUUUAGGAGCUGAGGACAUUGAUAAUUAUCAGAGUGAUCCAAUUUACGAGAUACCGAAAGAAUUGUCAAUUAAUAAUAAUAAUAAUAAUCGAACCCGAAAGCAGAGGAAUCGAAAUAUAGAGUCGAGUACUAAUAGAAAUGAAACCAAAGUCAAAAAUGAUUCAAUAGGUCAGACGAUGACGACGAGGCAGAAAUCAUUGUCGAAAAAGUUUUUUACCAAAUCAAGAUCUGAAGAAAUUGAGGAAGAGACGAAAGAACACAAUGAGAAUUCUCGGGACGAUGUCGAUUCAUUGACUUUAAAGAAAGAAGAGGGGCUUGGAAUUAAAAAGAAUCGCAAGAAGCUACUUUGGGAUCGUGUCAAACACGAUAAUGCAAAAAUCAAAAAACUCAAAGAGAAUCUAAAAGAAGCUAUUGCUUCGCGAUCGCAUGGUCGAGGAAUAUCGAAGCGUCAUCUGAAGGUUCCAAGGCAGGUAUUUGCGGUGCAUUACGGAGGCGACAGCAGUCUCUUUUCUGAUGAAGAUGAACAUACGGGAAACGGAAGAGCAAAACACAGUGAAGGUGUCUUCAAGGCUUGGCAAGCAAGCGAUUGGGUAACGGAACUAGGAAUGAACAGACAUUUCUUCUUGGGCGAAAAUGGAAAGCUUUUUGUUCAAGAACCAGGUUUAUAUCUCGUCUAUGCACAAAUUCAUUAUCUCGAUGAGCACGAUGAAAAUGGAUUUCACAUGUUGGUCAAUGGUAGACCAGUUCUCCAGUGUAUGGUUUACAGUCCGGGAACGGGACACAAAAGUCGUUCCUGUUUUUCGGCACAAAUCACAGUUUUACAAUCAGGGGAUCAUAUAGUUUUAAAAGAUGUGGCCUCGGCUAGAUACACACUUUUCCAAGAGGAUAAAAGUUUCUUCGGUCUCGUCAAACUUGGAGACUGGAGACAACAACAAAAGCAUCAGCAACACACUGUUUCACCCUAAAAGUAUUUUUUUUCUCUAAAAAAUGGUGAGUUUCUGAAAUUAUUUCCGCGAGCUGCAAUUAAUUAGAAACUAAAUUAGAAAAAACAAUGUUCAUUUCUAUUUUAUUUUUUGAUUAUUUGUAGGUAAUAAUAACAAAUUAUAAAUUUGUUUAAAAUUAAAUUAAUUUUGACUAAUUUUAAAAUCCGACAAUUCGAAUCGUUCGAAACGAUUAUUUAUUAUAAUCUUGAUAUAAUUUUUGAAAAAUAAGAAAAUAACGGAAGACAUUUUAAAAAAAAUGAAUUCCUAAAUUAUUUAUAAAAAAUGAGCUUCUAAAUGUAAUAAUUCGAUUAUUUGAUAUUAGAGUAAUUAUUACAAAAAAAAUGUUAUUAGCCAGAUCUCAUACAAUUUACGUGAUUUUUAUACCGAAGCCAAUGUAAAUAAAUUUUUAAGCUUUAAUAAAGCGUUUGUAAUUUUCA